CUGUCUGUCACUACUAGUUCUCACUCUCUGUCAGGUCUCUCCCCCAGUGUUUCCCUCUGUUUCUCUCAAUUUUCCAGUAACUUUCACACGCCAUACCUCCCGUUCCCCAUAACAUCACUCUCUCAUAACAUUAAUGUCAGACUGACUAUGCGUUUGUUGUUCAGAGACCUGUCUGUAAUAAGUCGUAUAUUGUGUGCUAAUUGCAGUGCAAAAUAUAUGACAGUCGGCCACCAAAUCGGUAAAUAUCACGGCGUGUGUCGGCCACAGCAGCCACCUGUGCCUCAACAGUCACAGCACCGGCUGAUGUCCGCCGCACAGGCCGUGAACGACACCAACAAUACCGCCGCCAAUAAUAAUAAUAAUAAUAAUACCAACACAUCAUCCGUCGUCUCCAACAAUAAUACCAAUAAGUUUAAUGUCACACCAUCAAAACGAGUACCAAGUUUUGUAAAGAUAGUAGAAGUUGGACCACGAGAUGGCUUACAAAAUGAAAAGGAGUAUGUGCCGUCCGCCACAAAAGUUGAAUUUAUAUCCAAGUUAUCCCAAACGGGUCUAUCGGUAGUCGAGGCCACGGCCUUUGUUUCGCCCAAAUGGGUGCCACAGAUGGCCGACCACUCGCAGGUGAUGUCAUCUGUAAAUAAGUUUACCAACAAUUUGGUAGUCAAUUAUCCGGUUUUAGUUCCAAAUAUUAAAGGUCUGGAGGAUGCGAUCCGAACCGGUGUUAAAGAGAUUGCAGUCUUCACCACAGUUUCGGAGACUUUUUGUAAGACAAAUGUCAACUGUUCUAUAAAUGAAAGUCUUCAGAGGAUCGAUGAAGUGAUCAAAAAAGCCCUCAAAAAUGAAAUCAGGGUUAGGGGGUAUAUAUCCUGUUGUCUGGGCUGUCCCUAUGAGGGACCGCAAAGUAGUGUAAAAGUAGCCCAAUUGGCGCACAAACUCUACCAAAUGGGUUGCUAUGAAAUCUCAUUGGGAGACACCAUAGGCAUCGGUACACCGGCUACUAUGCGGUCACUUCUCGAAGAAGUACUUAAACUCAUUCCCGUCGAUUCGGUGGCCGUUCACUGUCACGACACAUAUGGACAGGCUUUGGCCAACAUAUUGACGGCACUGGACUACGGCAUUAAUAUUGUUGACUCGUCGGUGGCCGGUCUGGGCGGCUGUCCAUUCGCUAAGGGAGCCACCGGUAAUGUGGCCACAGAGGAUGUCGUCUAUAUGUUACACGGAAUGGGCAUCAAAACMGGUGUCGACCUAACUAAGCUCAUGGAUGCGGGAAAUUUUAUAUGCAGUGCACUGAAAAAACAGACCAAUUCUAAGGUCAGUCACGCCAUGCAAACGAAGAUGGACUGCAAUCACAUUCAGAAGAGUUCUUGAGAUCGGUUUUUACUCAUUGUUUUUGAACGACAUUUGAGAAUAUCAUUAGUGAGGGAUCAAUGAAUUUCAUUAAUUAUUUGAUUAAAUUAAUAACAUUUUAAUAGCCAAUUGAUAAAACAAUACAAAUUAUG